UUUUUCUUUUCAUAUUUGCGUUGGAUAGAUAUUUACUUCAAUUCACUUCGAUUAAUCUUCACGCAAUAUUUGACCUUAUCGACUAAUGGAGGAAGACAAGAAGAAGAAGAAAAACAGGAAGAAGAAGAAUAAGCAAGCUACUAAACCAAUAGAAAGUGUCACACUUGACGUAGGGGCCGGGCAAUCAACUUCUAAUGGUCAGAUUCAUGAUCCGGAGAUAGAACAGAAUAAUAAUAAUGGUCAAGUAUCAGGGAUUGUUAAUGAGACAAAUGAUGUUGGAGGGGACCUACUUGCUAAUAGGGAUGAACCACUUGCUAAUGGCACUAGAGGAGCAAAUUUAGCUCAAGUCGAGAAACAAUACUGGCUUGACAGAGAGGCCAGUUUCCAAGACAAAAUUAAAGAACUUCAAGCUGAAAAGGAUGCUCGGAUAGAGAAAGAGGCUUCCACUGAAGAGAGAAUUAAGCAGUUGCUCAAGGAAAAGGACAAAAUUUCACAAGAAGAGCUAGCUGGUCAGAAAGAAAAUAUCAAACAAUUACAUGAUGAAAAGAAUGCAUUCAUGCAGAAUGAGGCUAGCCUGAAGGAGAAACUUGUACAAUUGGAAAAGGAAAUUGGUGCAUUGAUCCUGAAAGAGGCUAGUCUAGAAACCGAAGUUCAACACCUGAAGGAUGAACAGGAUUCCUGGAAACAGAAAGAGGCUAGCCUAAAGGAGAAACUUGUACAUUUGGAAAAGGAAAAUGAUGCAUUGAUUCUGAGAGAGGGCAGCUUUCAACAUAAAAUUCAACAAAUACAAGGGGAAAUCGAUGCUCACCUGCAGAAAGAGGCUAGUCUAGCCACCGAAAUUCAACAGCUGAAGGAUGAAAAGGAUUCUUGGAUGCAGAAAGAGGCGGAUUUUAAAGCAAAAAAUAAUCAAUUGGUGGAUGAAGCUGCAGUUUUGCAUUUGAAAAUGGUGAACUUGCAAGAGAAGAUAACACAGAUGGAAAGAGAAAGAGAUGCGUGGGUCCUCAAAGAGGACUCAGCCAAGGAAUCGAUUGCCAGCCUGACUAAUGAUAACACCAACUUGCGAGCUCUGGUGAUGGACCUGGAGCAAUCAAGGGAGAGUCUUUUAGAAGAAACACAACAUUUGACUCAGAUUAUUUCCAGUCUUAAGUUACAGAACAAAAAUCUUGAUACCACUGCUGAUUUUCCUCACUCCUCUAUGGACAACAAAGUGACUUCCGAAGAUGGUGAAGUUAACUACCAUAUAGAAGAUGCACGUGAACCAGUUGGGGAAUCUGUUGCACAAAAUGCAGAGCUUGUUGACAAGGUGAAUGAGUUGUUGUAUGCUGAGCUUGACCAACGAGGUGUAGCGAAAGAACAUUUUUCCUCUGCUACCUCUGUUCCAUUGGCUUUUACUGAUAUUGAUAAUGGCUCAGCUGCUCUUGAACCUGAUUUAGCAGUUGGAGCUGAAGCUAGCAAGGUACUGCAGCCUAUCUCAGGCAGCACCCAGUCUUUAGAAGAUGUCAUGAUCGAAGAUCAGAGAAACCUUGAACUUGUCAAUGUUAGUCAUAGCCCUGGACUUGCAAAUUCUUCGGAAAUAAUAGAGGCUGAUGAAAUUGUGCAAAUUCCGUUAAAUGAGAAAGAAAUUAAGGAACCUGUUUUGGAGAAUGAUGACAAGGAAGGUGUAGGACUCACGGAUGCUCCAUUGAUUGGUGCUCCGUUCCGUUUAAUAUCUUUUUUUGCUAGAUAUGUUACCGGAGCUGAUUUAGUUGAUAAGAACACUGCCAAAUAUGGAUGAUGAUGAAUCCCAUCCAUGGCGUUUAUAGUUAUAUCUAUUUUUGUAUACAAAGCAGACACUCGAGAGAUUUUGAACGAGUCCAAACGGGAUCACGUCCACAGUUUUCUAAUACUAGGUCGAUACAGAGAUAACAGGUCCAGGAAAAGCUGUCUAGAUCUGUUUAUACAUGUUUUUAUUUUAAACUAUUUAGAAGAUGUUUGAAUGUCGGAAACAAUUGAAUUAACCAAUUUUCUUUUAUU